AUGGACAUGCUUACUAAAAAUAAUGCACGAGAUGAGAUAUUAAAUAACGCGAAACGAAGCAGCGAAGAGGCCGGUCUUAUUGAGAGUCGUCAGGAAGCUAAAAAAUCUGUUAGAGAAAAAUCUUCCCUGGCCGGCAACGACAUCAUUAAUUAUCUACGUAAAACGGAUAGUUAUCGAAAAUCAGUUGGUCUUGAUCAACCUGUAGAUGAUGAUGCUGCGCCAGCGGGAAAUCCCCCACCAGCGGCCGGUGGUUCGGGUGCUGGUCAUAAACCCGGCACAGUUGCCGCAUCGGCGGCAAAAAUAGAGCAACAUUUCGAAAAACAUAAUGUAAAACCGAUACCCACAGGCGGCAUUAAAUACGGCGACUCUGAUUUGAAUAUACCCUAUCAAGAUAUGAUGGAAGAUUUAACACGAAACAACAUACAUACUCAACCUAAUUUAAGCAAUAAUAAUCGACAACGUGUGCUAAAAUUAUUAAAAAAAACAAAUAUGCCCAUUUCGUAUAUUCGAAAUAAAACCCUUAAAGAAGAAUACAAACAAAUGUUGAAUCAAAGCGGACAGGCUAGCAAACCGGGACCUUCACGCAUACCUACCCCCUUAGCAAAAGAUAAAGGACCAAGCAAAAGCAAGGGGAAAAAACCAAGAGGGUAUCUUUCCAAUUAA